AUGUCGAGUGAUGAGGAUAAACCACCUGCGCCGCCGGUCCGGCUUACUAGCAACCGGGCCACGGAUCGUGGCGAUUCUGUAGCCUCCGUAGAUAUGAGGCCUCUUCCAAAAGAACCUGAUGAUGGAGGUGAUAGAAAGAAGAAGACCUUGAAAGCUAAAAUAAAAGGCUCUAAGAGUACGGCUCACAAUGAUAACAAACCAAAUAUAAGCUAUCCAACUAACUUUGAACAUACAGUUCAUGUGGGUUUUGAUGCAGUCACUGGAGAGUUUACUGGCAUGCCGGAGGCGUGGGCGCGGCUACUCAUGGCCGCUAACAUAAGCAAGCAAGAGCAGAAGAACAAUCCUCAAGCCGUGUUAGACGUGCUCAAGUGGUAUGACGCGUCCGCAACUCAGCCGCCGCCUUCUAAAUACAUGACAUCGGCACAGAUGCACACCACACACUCAGGAUCAUCUGUGUCCCGAGUGUCAUCCAGCAGUCCAUCGUCGUCGACGCCCACAGACACGGAACACCCCGAACCCCCACCGCCGCCACCUUCACGACCAGAUCGCACUAAAAGUAUUUAUACGAAACCUAUCGAAGAAGAGGAGGCACCACCUCCGCGACCCACACCCGCGCCCGCUUCGCCACCACAUGUACCACAUCCUGCUCUCACUACACAUUCAAUUUGCAGUCGAGCGGAAGUGGGAUCCGGCGGCGUGCUGGACCGCAACAAGAACCCGGCGGGCGCCCCGCUGGCCGCGCUGGCCCCGCACACGCCGCCGCCGCACGCGCCGCCCGCGCCCAACGGCGCGCCCACCAACACCGACACCGGAAGAGCAACAGCCCAGCAGCAAAGGAAAAAGAAAAUGACUGAUGAAGAAAUAUUAGAAAAACUAAGAACUAUUGUUAGUGUUGGUGACCCCAAUAGAAAAUACACAAAAAUGGAAAAGAUUGGUCAGGGUGCAUCAGGAACAGUGUAUACAGCAAUAGAAACGUCAACUGGUAUGGAGGUAGCAAUCAAACAAAUGAACCUAAGCCAACAACCUAAGAAAGAACUAAUCAUCAACGAGAUCCUCGUGAUGCGGGAGAACAAACAUAACAACGUAGUCAACUAUCUUGACAGUUAUCUAGUUAACGAGGAAUUAUGGGUAGUUAUGGAAUACUUAGCGGGUGGAUCUCUAACGGACGUGGUGACGGAGACAUGCAUGGACGAGGGACAGAUCGCCGCCGUGUGCCGUGAAGUGUUGCAAGCCUUGCACUUCCUGCACACCAACCAUGUCAUACACCGAGACAUCAAGUCCGACAAUAUACUGCUGGGACUUGAUGGACAAGUAAAACUGACUGAUUUUGGUUUCUGCGCGCAAAUAUCUCCUGAACAAAAUAAACGAACAACAAUGGUUGGCACGCCUUAUUGGAUGGCGCCUGAAGUUGUUACACGGAAGCAGUAUGGGCCUAAGGUGGAUGUAUGGUCACUAGGUAUAAUGGCAAUUGAAAUGAUAGAAGGUGAGCCGCCGUAUUUGAACGAAAACCCCUUGCGUGCACUAUAUCUAAUAGCAACGAACGGGAAGCCGGACAUCAAGGAUAAGGAGAAGCUCAGCACUGUCUUCCAGGACUUCCUCGACCAGUGCCUCGAGGUGGACGUCGAGAGGCGCGCCACCGCUCUCGAUUUAUUAAAGCACCCCUUCCUAAAAAUGGCGCGGCCCCUGGCGUCGCUGACUCCUCUGAUCAUGGCAGCCAAAGAGGCGGCCAAGGGCCAUUAG